AUGGCGACAGUGGAGGAAUUAUGCGAAAAUUUCACAAAAGUUGGGUUAAUACGCCAGUGCGAAGGGCUUGGUUUAUCAGCCAUCGGUGGAAAACGAGAUAUUGCGAAAAGGAUCAUUAGCCAUCGGAAUACGACGAGUUCCGCAGGUGAGAAAGACGAUGACGAUCGCGAUUCUCAGAAAGACGACGUGUGUGAGAAUGACGACUCACCCACAAAAGACGCUGAACGUGAAAUCGACGUUAUGUGUGAGAAAGACGGCUCACGCACCGAUAACGAGGAGUUCCGUUCCGACGAUGAUGACGGCUUAAGCAUCUACGACGAGGAUGAAGAGGACGACGACACGAGCGAAGAUGAAGAAUCUGGUGCUAUGUACCAUACGGCGAUUAGAGAUGAUACAUCUACACCACUACCUGCAACACGGCGAUGUGCUCCACGCCGGACGAAAGUAUACUCUUUCAAGGAUAUGGAAGAGAGUAUUGAAUCUUUUGGUGCUGAAGAAGGAGAGGAUUUAAGGAUUUGGCUGACGCAACUUAAGAGUGUUUGUAAAGCUGCGCGAUGGGAUGACGAACAGCAGUUAAUUAUGUGCCGCAAGAAAUUAACCGGAACAGCCAAACGCUUUGUGUUUUCGUUACGGAAAGGUUUCAGCAGUUUUGAGAAGUUGGAACAAGCGCUGCUUAAAGAAUUCGCGCCGCGCAUACGUGCAAGUGAUGUGCACCGUGCUCUAACGAACCGUAAGAAGAAAUCAUCGGAAUCUGUUCGUGACUACAUUUACGAAAUGCAAAGGUUGGCUCUCCCUAUCGAGCUUGAUGAGCCUAGCCUUUGCGAGUAUAUUGUCAACGGUAUUACUGACGAUGAGUAUCAUCAAUCGGUGCUAUACGAAGCGCAAAGCAUCGAACGGCUGAAAAAGAAACUGCUCAACUUCGAAAAAGUAGUGAAGAAUUCUAAGAACAAGUCGAAGCGAGAGGGGCUGGGAAGCGGUAAGGAGAAAACACGUGCCGUCGACAAGGAUAACAAAAAAGUGAACAAGAAGCCGAAUUGUUUCAAUUGUGGUGAAACGUCACAUGUUUCCGCGGAAUGUCCACAAAAGAGUGAGGGUCCAAAGUGUUUUUCAUGCAAUAAGUUUGGACAUCGAGCACGCGAUUGCAAGAAAGAUGACAGCAGUAACCAGAAGGACAAACAAAAUGUGUUGAUGUGUGGACCAAACGAAGAAAAAACACAUGGUGUACACUCAUUUUCAGGUGUUGCUAACCAAGAAGACGGGUCAACGUCGAAGAAGCUUGUUGAAAAACAAGUAGGGUUACAGAGAACGAUAAUACCAAUGAAAAUAGGACCGCUCGUCAUAGACGCUUUGUUUGAUACCGGUAGUCCCAUGAAUUUAAUGACGUCCAACACAUACGAAAUGAUCGGGAAACCCUGUCUCAACACCACCACUAUGAAGUUCAAAGGAUUUGGUGGAAACGAAAUAGCGGCAAUUGGUGUUUUUAAGAUAGAUGUGUGUAUCGAUUGUAACCAAUACUUCGAAAUGCUGUUCUAUCUCGUACCGAACGAAAGCAUGUCUUUUGCGGCCGUACUCGGAACCGCGUCGCUUGAACAUUUUGACGUAAAAGUAACGACGGACGGUGUGCAAGUGUUGAAGCGAGAAGAAUAUGAAAUGAUGGGAAUUGAAACGUGCGUGAACGAAAUCGACGUACCAGAACGAUAUGCAAGUGAUAUCAAGUCCCUGAUUUCGAACUAUGUUCCGAAUAAAGAAGUGAAGAGUUCAGUGGAAAUGAAGAUCAUUGUCGAAGACGAACACCCGGUGCAAACCAACCCAAGGCGGUUUGCUCCAAAAGAAAAAGAAGCGCUGGAGAAAACAAUAAACGAGUGGUUGGAAGCAAAAAUCAUUCGGGAAAGUAGUAGUGAUUUUGCUAGUCCUGUAGUGCUAGCGAAGAAGAAAGAUGGUUCAUUGAGAGUUUGCGUAGACUACCGUGAGCUAAACCGAAAGAUCAAGAAAGAUUGUUUUCCGAUGAGGAAUAUGGAGGACCAGAUCGAUAAGCUGCAAGGGGCAAAAGUGUUCACAACGCUGGACUUGAAGAACUCUUUCUUCCACGUGCCGAUAGAGAAGUCUAGCCAGAAAUAUACAUCGUUUGUGACACAUACAGGCCAGUACGAAUUUCUACGAGCUCCAUUCGGUUUAUGUAACAGUCCAGCAUGUUUUAGUCGGUUUGUAGCCAACGCGUUCCGUGAACUGAUCAAAAGCGGAGAAAUAUUAGUGUACGUGGAUGAUUUGAUCAUUGCGACAAACAGUGAAGAAGAAAACAUUACUACGUUGAAAAAAUUGGUCAAGGUUGCCAGUGAAAACGGAAUUGACUUUAAUUGGAAAAAAUCACAAUUUCUUAAGAGCGAAGUGGAAUAUUUGGGAUAUGUGAUCAAGGAUGGCGCCUACCGCAUUUCGCCAGAUAAAAUAAAAGCAAUCCGUUCUUUUCCGGUGCCAAGAAACCCGAAAGAAUUACAAAGAUUCCUAGGUUUGACGGGGUAUUUUCGUAUGUCGAUGUUCGACGAUACCGAUCAGGUCGCAUCCAACGGUCAAAAUGGCGCGACACCACCGCACAGUGGGCAAACGCCUGUAUGA